AGACAAGGUUCCUUCAUGCAGGACCCAAUGUGUAUAAGUUCAAAAUCAGAUAUGGCAACAGUAUCAGAUGCUGCUUCUGUUCCCUGAACUUCUGUGCUGGUUUCUCCUGUAACUUUACUUGUAGUGGCUCUGAUGCCUUCUAGUCUAACCUCCACGGGCGCCACAUGCAUGUAGUACACAGCAUACAUACAGGCUCUAUCUAUCUAUCUGUGAAAUAAAACAGGGGCUGGAGAGAUGGCUCAGCAGUGUGUAUUACUCUCCCAAAGGACCCGAAUAAGAGGAGAAGAAAUAGAGGAUAAGGAAGUCAUCGUCCAGGAGCUGGAGGAUUCUAUCCGUGCAGUCUUGGCAAACAUGGACAGCCUGCAACCCUUUGUUACAGAACACUUCAUUGUAUUUCCCUAUAAAAGCAAGUGGGAGAGAGUUUCCCACCUGAAGUUUAAACAUGGGGAAAGCAUCCUGACGCCCUACCCGUUUGUUUUUACUUUGUAUAUAGAGAUGAAAUGGUUUGCUGAAGACUUGCCUUCCGGGAAACCAGCAGAUGAUAUUCCUCUUGAGUUGGUCCUAGCUGAGACGGAAGCAGAAGAAGCCACAAUGAGGAAAUGGAAACGGAAACUCAUGGAGGAGCCCAGCUCCCCUAGCAGGCAGGGGCCACACAGGGCCAAGAUGGAGACUUCUAGUGAAGCUUCCAGCAACAAGAAGCCUCUGAAGGAGAGCAAGAGGAGCACGGACGAAGAAGCCCAGCAGGAAUAUCAGGACACCCCAGCUUCUAAUGCCAUUGCUGUCAAGGAACAGGAUGCUGCGUUGGGGCAUGGCCUGCAAGGGUUGGUUGUCCCUCCACUGCAACAUAGCAGUCCACCACCCCCGAAAGAGCCAGGAGCCAGAGGCUUCUUGGGGUUUCUAAGUGCUCUCUUCCCGUUCCGGUACUUCUUCAAGAAGAGCGGUCAGUGAGCCUUCCAGGACCACAGCACGCGUGGGGCAGGGGUCAGCAUAGAAGAGAUGUCCUCCUGCAGUAACUCCCCGGAGCUACCACACCUCUCUUGCUUUUGUUUUCUUUUGUCUUGCAUUUAUUUUGAGACAAGUGUUAUUGUAUACAGCCCAGGCUGGCUUCAGUCUGUGCCUCUGCUCCCGGUGCACUCCCACGUGCCAUCCUUUUCUCCUGACCCCGGUCACGGGGACAAGGGCACCAGGCCGGGUCCUCACAUGAGUUUAUCCUCUUGUUUGCCUUUGGUGUUUCCUAUCCAAACCAGUAAGAACGAGGCUAGAGAGAUGGUAGUUGAGUGCACACUGAUAGUGCAGAGGGCCUGAGUUUGGUUCUCAGUACCCAUGGCAAGCAACCUGCAACUCCAGCUCUAUCAGGAUGGCCUGGCGCUUUCUGGCCUCUGCAGAAACUUACGCCCCGCACGCCCUGCACCCUCGUAAUCGGAAGAGCAAGACAAAACAAUACUAAGAAGGGCCAGAAAGGCGGCUUGAUAAAGCAUCUGCAGCCAGACCUGACAGCCUGAGUUCAGCCUCCAUGUAUGUGCACCAUGGCAUGUGCCCCACACAGAAUAAAAUGUACUUUUAUUAAAAACUUCAAAAUAAAUAAGUAAAUAAAACGCUAUAAAGAAUUCUACUGCCCUGAGGUUUAAGCCUUUUGUCUCUAAUACUUGGGACUCUAAUGCCAAUGACUGCUCAUGGCGGGUCAUUGAUGGAGCUUGGCGA